AUGGAGGACGAAAAGAAGCCUGAGGUGCUCUCGACUCCCAGCAUGGGCUCUGUGGCCGCUGAAGCCGCAAUGAUUACGAAAUAUCCCUUGAAGCAGUAUUGGAAAUGUCUCGCAGCGUGUACCCUUAUGUCGCUCUGCCCGUUUCAGUAUGGCUUUGACUUUGGAUUAAUCGGCGGGCUCCAGGCCAUGGUUGGAUUCCUUAGAAUCUUUGGUUACGAAGAUGCCAAUAUCCUGGGCGGAUGGAAUAUCUCGACGGAGCGGCAGCAGCUCAUCUCGUCGCUCAUGACACUCGGAGCCUUCCUCAGCUCUUCCAUGGCGGGGCCCAUUGCCGGCGUCAUGUCCCGCAAGACGACGGUGUGGAUUGCCAGCGUGGUGUGCAUCGUGUCGAACAUUAUCAUGAUGACGACGACUAACAUUGCAGCCCUGUAUGUGGGCCGCUUGUUGAUUGGCAUCGCCAACGGCAUGUUCAUGACCUUCUCGCAGUUGUACAUCCAGUUCCAACCAACCACUAACCGCGAGAAGGAAUGCUCCCCUGCCCGUUACCGUGGUUUGAUGAUAUCUUCUUUCCAAGUGUGGAUCACCAUCGGCACGCUGGUCGGUACCGUGGUAGAUAACUCGACGGCCAAAAUCGACAGCCCCAAUGCCUACAUGAUCCCGCUUGGGCUGAUUUAUAUUGUCCCUGUUAUUCUCUCCGUCGGUUUACUGUUUAUCCCCGAAUCACCUCGAUGGCUGGCCCAGCACGGUGAGCCGGACAAAGCACGGACGGCGCUGCGUUGGCAUCGCCCGGGGACGGAUAUCGAGAUCGACGAGGAGAUGCGGAAUAUCCAGGCAGCGUUGCAGAGUGACAUGGCACGGGAGAAGACUGUGACCUUCUGGGACAUGUUUCGAAAUCCGGCUGACCAGCGCCGGACGUUGCUAGCUACGGGCGCGCUGGCUUUGCAAGGUUCGUCAGGGGCAAUGUACAUGAUCGCUCCAUAUGCGUGGAUCUCGGGUGGCGAGCUUCCCUCACAGCGCCUUCGCAGCUUUACCUUCGGCUUCGCAACAGCGAUCGGGUUCUUUCUGGCCUGGUUAACAACCUUCACCACGCCGUACUUUAUCAACCCCCAGGCUUUGAACUGGGGUCCAAAAUACGGCUACAUCUGGGCACCUUCUUGUUGGAUUUCUGCGCUCUGGGUAUUCUUUUUUCUUCCCGAGGUCAAGGAUCGGACCUUGGAAGAGAUUGAUGAAAUGGUUCGUUUACCCACCCCUGAGAACCGGGUUUGCACGCAACCCCAGUUAACACAGCCGUCUAGUUCGACGCCCGACUUCACGCAAGACAGUUCCGAAAAUAUGUUUGCCAUGGCCAGGACCGAGAAAAGGGCGCCGGGGCUUUUGGCUUGGACGACAAGGGGGACCCAGACAUCGUGCACAAAGAGCUCGUGA